CCCCACUUUUCUUUCUUGCGGACCAAUUCGAGACACGAAGGCGAGAGCGGUCGGGGUCGGGGAGGCGUCGUCGGCCGGUCGGUCCCGGCGCUUGCGGAGCGGAGGGGGAGGGGGAGAUGGCGCCGGCGAGCGGGUUUGGCCGGGUGGUGGGGAACGCGCGUUCGUUCGUGGGCAACGCACUGGGCGGGCUCCGCGGGUGGAGCAACCUCGCCUCCUGGACCGUCGCCGGGACCCUCGCCUACUACCUCUGGGUCAAGCCCGCGCGCGAGCUCCAGAAGGAGCAGGAGGAGCGAGCUGCUUUGGCUGCUGCUUCGGAUCCUUAUCGUUAUGUUGAGAAGCGGAAACCAAUUCCUGAUCCACAGGAUACUGGCCUUAGUUACGGGAAGAAAAAGGAGCCUUCAAAAUCUGAAGAUUAGUUACUCUGGGCACAUCCUGUACCAAAACGUGCCACCCAUUUAUGCGCAACAAUGCAAGGAAUGGUUUUCUGCAUAUCUGGUGGCUAAAUGAUAAACGUUUCAUGGAACUGUUGCUUUGUGCUAGCCAUGUAAAUGGAGUUUUUCACAGUUUGAGUUCUUGAGCUCCAGGAAGUAAUUUGUCACCAUCGCCUGUCGUAUUUGCUCAGAUCAUGAGAGAUGUGUAAAUGCUUUCAGAAUAGAAAAAAAAGGAGAGGAACUUUUCUAUACUUUUUUGAUAGCUAGAUCUGGAUGUUGACAUGUUUAUGUAUUACUGUAUCAAUGCACACCAUGACAGGGACUACACGUUUAUUCUAUGGCAUACUGUUAGUGCUGAGUAAUAAUACCGUUGUUCGCUGACAGUGGAGACGAACUUGUUGA